CAGGGACAACACUUCAAGUGUCACGUCACUCACGUGGUCAGUGCAGCGGUAAUUUCAUUGGUUGACGUCGUUGUGUUACAGGAUCACAGCGUGCAUAGGCUAGCUCAAAUUUACGGCUUCUCUGCUGCAACGCUGUUCUAGGUCUCAAUGGCUGAGACCCCCCUGCCCCCGGGGCCGAACGUGAGCCUUGCUAACGAGGGGAGUGAGCCUUCAGAUCUGCACUCUAUAAGGCAACAUCCUUCAGCUUCAGCUGGUGGUGGUGAUGCCAACACGUCUAUAGCCGGUGGUGGUGAUGCCAACACGUCUAUAGCUGGUGGUGGUGAUGCCAACACGUCUAUAGUUGGUGGUGGUGAUGCCAACACAUCUAUAGUUGGUGGUGGUGAUGCCAACACAUCUACAGUUCCAGGUUCAUGUUUGGUAAAGAAGACAAGCUGCCCAGUACCAACAAUCCGCUGUUUUUGCUUCCAGUGCAACCUAAAUGUCGACCCAUCUUGUGAGCAAGGUGUGGCUGGUAAAGCUUCCAAAACUCCACCGAGUUUGCUCACAGGUGUACAGACGGACGCUGAAGGCGUGCCUCUGGUAGUGCCAAAGAGCUUGACUUACUUGCUGGCAACCUGCAAGCCACAGUCAGCCAGGCAGCUGCUUAACCUGGUCCUGCACAUCACCAUGACUGAGUGUGGCUUUCUGCCUACGUCCUGCUGUGCCCAGACAUCAGCCACCAUAACCAAGGCAGUUGCUGCUUUGGCAGCCGUUUGUUUACCUCCUCAAGGCUGGAAAGAAAAGUCUGCUAGUUUACAGUACACUCACAACAGCUAUGUUGGGCUGACAUUCUCUUUGGUGCUGAAAUACGAGAAUGACCCGGAGUUCUACCCAUGGCGAAAAGCCUAUCCAGAAGAAUCACUUGAAAUUAGCAUUAAUGUUUGCGGUAGUGACAUCCCAAGCAAAGACUUGGAAAUUAAAACAAAAUUGGGUGUAAUUGAUUUUGUUCAGAAAGUAGCAACAUUGUAUAAUAAUAUUACACUGGGAAAGAAAUCACUUUGCAAUGUUUCAAAGCUUGCCCAGAAGCUACGCGAUGACAUUCUUGCUCCAUUGCAACUUUCCAUUUACAAGAUUCUGGGGCUCCCAUGCCCUGUCAAUCUAGAAAAUUUGCCAUUUGACAUCCUGAUGUACAUAACGAAGAAACUUGACGUGCGCAGCGUGGUGCACUUGUCGCAAACUUGCAAGCAUCUUAACCAUGUUUGUUCGGACAACUUCCUGUGGCGACAUCUCUUCCAGAGAGACCUAAGGCCAAAGCUGCCUGAGCACAUUGGAUUUGCUGAGUAUAGUAAUUGGAAAACUGUAUUUGAAGACUGGAAGGAUUGGGAUCCUAGCAAAAUGCUAGAUAUUGAGCAAGAACUAUGGGAGGCGCAUGAAUAUGCUGAUUAUAGAGAGAUGCUUAAGGAAGAGAUGGCAAUUUAUGAACAGAUCUCGAGUUUGGAAAGUAUGACCCAAGAAAACUAUGACGAUGACGAGCUCUAUGUCGUCUAUGACGAUGUCAUCGAGGAAAACCUCGACUAUGACGAAGAUCUCGUCCUAGCUGAUGACGGUUCUUACGAUGCGGAACUUCAUUAUGCGAUGGACCUAUACUGA